CCGCUUGUCGUUUCACAGUUUUAAGCAGGGUGAUAAUUAGGCUAUACAAGGAUCAUAUUCCCCUCAGAUGUCUGGAUGGUGUGUGUUACAUCGAUGACCCGCAGUGUUAUAGCAUGCUAUUUAUUUCCUCAGCCGACCUGUGUGGACUAAUGCAGAUAGAGCAUUAUCGAUAUUGUAUCCCUAUACCCGACUCACGGCGAGCUAAGGUCGGACGAGGUUUGCUACAGAAUCUUUGAAACGGUUUUAUUGGCGCGGAGAUUCGCUCUCUCCAAGCCCGUUUUAUAACACUGGCGGUCCAGCUGACUAGAGGCAAAUAAAAAGAAAAAUGUGAUUUUUUUCAGUUAGGCUACAAUCAGGAAUUCUGUCAGGUUUCAGUCAAGUUGCGUUUUUUGAGUUGUGCUUUACGUUGACUUAAUAGCGUCUAUCAGCGGCCGACACACAGGACUGCAUCUCUGUAAUGGCCCAUCCUACUUGUAGCAGAAGAAAAUGGUGAUGCAGGGAGGAGACGGCAGAUAACACGUAUGCUCACCCAGUCGGACAGCAACACCAGUUUCCUGCGGGCAGCACGUGCUGGGAACCUGGAGAAAGUGUUGGAAUGUCUGAAAAGGGGCGUGGACAUCAACACCUGUAACCAGAACGGCCUGAAUGCUCUGCACCUGGCGGCAAAGGAGGGGCAUGUGGAGCUGGUGGAGGAGUUGCUGGAGAGAGCCACGCCUGUCGACUCUGCUACCAAGAAAGGAAACACUGCGCUCCAUAUCGCUGCCCUGGCUGGACAGGAGGAAGUGGCUAAGCUGCUUGUCAAACGCGGAGCCAACGUGAAUGCCCAGUCUCAGAAUGGCUUCACUCCACUUUACAUGGCUGCGCAGGAGAACCACUUGGAUGUGGUGCGCUAUCUGCUGGAGAACGGGGGCAACCAGACCACUGCUACAGAGGACGGGUUCACUCCCCUGGCCAUAGCGCUGCAGCAGGGACAUAACCAGGUUGUGUCACUGCUGCUGGAGAAGGACACCAAGGGCAAAGUGCGUCUGCCAGCCCUGCACAUCGCUGCUCGCAAGGACGACAUUAAAGCUGCGGCUCUUCUGCUGCAGAACGACCACAACGCUGACGUCCAGUCCAAGAUGAUGGUCAACAGGACAACUGAGAAUGGGAAGAGUGGCUUUACCCCUCUGCACAUUGCUGCUCACUAUGGAAAUGUCAAUGUUUCCACUCUGUUGCUCAACCGGGGGGCAGCUGUGGAUUUCACUGCCAGGAACGGCAUCACACCCCUUCAUGUGGCGUCCAAGCGUGGGAACACCGGCAUGGUGGGGCUGCUGCUGGACCGAGGGGCGCAGAUUGAUGCCAAAACCCGCGAUGGGCUGACCCCUCUGCACUGUGCAGCAAGGAGUGGGCAUGAGCUCACUGUGGAACUGCUGCUGGAGAGAGGAGCACCCCUACUGGCCAGAACCAAGAAUGGACUGUCUCCUCUGCACAUGGCUGCCCAGGGAGACCAUGUGGAGUGUCUGAAGCACUUGCUUCAUCACAAGGCACCUGUCGAUGAUGUCACCCUGGACUACCUGACUGCGCUGCAUGUGGCUGCCCACUGUGGCCACUACAGAGUCACUAAGCUGCUGCUGGACCAGCGGGCCAACCCCAAUGCCCGCGCACUGAAUGGCUUCACCCCCCUGCACAUUGCCUGCAAGAAGAACAGGGUGAAGGUGAUGGAGCUCCUGGUGAAGUAUGGAGCCGUCAUCCAGGCCAUCACUGAGUCUGGCCUCACCCCGAUCCAUGUGGCAGCAUUUAUGGGUCACCUGAACAUCGUCCUGCUCUUGCUGCAGAAUGGGGCUUCACCUGACAUAUGCAACAUGCGGGGGGAGACCGCUCUACACAUGGCUGCACGGGCCGGCCAGACGGAGGUGGUCCGAUGUCUCUUGAGGAACGGAGCGCUGGUGGACGCCAAUGCAAGGGAGGAUCAGACCCCACUGCACAUUGCGUCUCGUCUGGGGAAGGCGGAGAUCGUGCAGCUGCUCCUGCAGCACAUGGCCCAUCCUGACGCUGCCACCGCCAACGGCUACACACCACUGCACAUCUCUGCCCGAGAGGGCCAGCUGGCCGUGGCCUCCGUGUUGCUGGAGGCGGGGGCUUCCCACUCCCUCCCCACCAAGAAAGGAUUCACUCCACUGCAUGUGGCUGCUAAGUACGGAAGCGUGGAUGUUGCUAAACUCCUCCUACAGCGCAAAGCUUCUCCCGAUUCUUCCGGAAAGAACGGACUCACCCCGCUCCACGUUGCUGCACACUAUGACAACCAGCAGGUGGCGCUGAUGUUGCUGGACCAUGGAGCUUCCCCUCAUGCCACCGCAAAGAAUGGCUACACGCCGCUCCACAUUGCAGCCAAGAGGAACCAGCUGGGCGUGGCGCAGGCCCUGCUGAGGGGCAGGGCCGACGCCACUGUUCUGACUCGGCAGGGCGUGUCUCCUCUACACCUGGCUGCCCAGGAGGGCCAUGGCGACAUGGUGGCUCUGCUCCUGCGGGAGGGAGCUCACGCUAACACGCUCACCAAAAAUGGAUUGACUUCACUCCACCUGGCUGCUCAGGAAGACAGGGUUGCCAUCGCUGAGAUGCUGACUGAAUACCACGCCAACCUGGACCAGCCCACUAAGCUUGGCUAUACUCCUCUCAUAGUUGCUUGUCACUAUGGUAAUGUGAAGAUGGUGAACUUCUUAUUGCAGCAUGGUGCCAACAUCAAUGCAAAAACAAAGAGUGGCUACACUCCCCUUCACCAGGCAGCACAGCAGGGGAACACUCACAUCAUCAACAUCUUACUACAGCAUGGAGCAGAACCCAACACUGUGACUGUGAAUGGAAACACAGCACUGGACAUUUCUCGUCGUCUGGGAUAUAUCUCUGUGGUUGACACUCUGAAAGUGGUGACAGAGGAGGUCAUCACCACCACGACCACGGUGACAGAGAAGCACAAGCUGAACGUGCCUGAGACCAUGACUGAGGUUCUGGAGGUUUCUGAUGAGGAAGGUGAGGACACGAUGACAGGGGAAGGGGGUGAGUAUCUGCGAGCCGAGGACCUGAGGGAGCUGGGCGAUGACUCCUUACCUGGCCAUUACCUGGAGGGGAUGAGCUACCUGCGUUUUAGUCUAGAUGCUGUGCGCUCUGACAGCCUACGAUCCUUCAGUUCUGACAGGUCCCACACCACACCACGGCAUGCUGGAUAUCUGCGGAAGGAUGGCAACCUCAUUGAGGCCACUGCCAGCAGCCAACAGAUGGCAUUGCUCUCUGUGCAGAAGGAGUCUUACCGUCUGAGCUGGGGUACCGAGAACCUGGACAACAUUGCCCUGUCCUCCAGCCCCCUCCACUCUGGACGCUCCUCCCCGUGCUUGGAUCAAGACAAUAGCAGCUUCCUGGUCAGCUUCAUGGUGGACGCAAGGGGCGGAGCCAUGCGGGGGUGUCGCCAUCAUGGCCUCCGCAUCAUCAUUCCGCCACGAAAGUGCUCCGCCCCCACACGCGUGACCUGCCGUCUGGUGAAACGGCACCGCGUGGCCACCAUGCCCCCCCUGGUGGAAGGAGAUGGACCAGCCGGCCGGCUCAUUGAGAUAGGGCCUACUGGAGCUCAGUUCCUUGGUAAACUACACCUGCCCACUGCCCCCCCUCCACUGAAUGAGGGGGAGAGUUUGGUUACCCGAAUCCUUCAGCUGGGGCCACCAGGGACUCGAUUCCUGGGGCCCGUGGUGGUUGAGAUCCCACACUUUGCGGCGCUGCGAGGGGUGGAGCGGGAGCUGGUGAUCCUGCGCAGCGAGACUGGGGAGAGCUGGAGAGAGCACCACUGUGAACACACCGAGGAGGACCUCAACCAGAUCCUCAACGGCAUGGACGAGGAGCUGGAUGCCCCAGAGGAGCUGGAGAGAAAGCGGAUCUAUCGCAUCAUCACGCGGGAUUUCCCACAGUACUUUGCGGUGGUAUCCCGGGUGCGGCAGGACAGCAGGCUGAUGGGGCCGGAGGGGGGCGUGCUGAGCAGCAGUGUGGUGCCGCAGAUCCAGGCCCACUUCCCUGAGGGAGCGCUGACAAAGCGCAUCCGUGUGGGCCUGCAGGCUCAGCCCAUUGAAGUGGACCUGGUGAGGAGGAUUCUGGGUAACAAGGCCACAUUUGGUCCCAUUAUCACGCUGGAGCCCAGGAGGAGAAAGUUCCACAAACCCAUCACCAUGACGAUCCCUGUCCCUAAGACCUCAGCUAAUGAAGCAAUGGCAAGAGGGUAUGGGGGAGACAUGCCCACUCUGCGUCUACUGUGCAGUAUCACUGGUGGCACCACUCCAGCCCAAUGGGAGGACAUAACAGGCAGUACACCGCUCACCUUCACAAAUGACUGUGUGUCUUUCACCACUAAUGUAUCUGCAAGGUUUUGGCUGGUGGACUGUUUGCAGGUACAGGAGUCGGUGGCUAUCUCCUCUCAGGUGUACCGGGAGGUCAUCUGUGUCCCAUACAUGGCCAAAUUUGUCAUAUUUGCUAAAACUCUGGACUCCAUUGAAGCCCGGCUCCGCUGCUUCUGCAUGACCGAUGACAAGAUGGACAAAACCCUGGAGCAGCAGGAGAAUUUCACUGAGGUGGCUCGCAGUCGUGAUGUGGAGGUUCUGGAGGGGAAGCCCAUAUAUGCCGACUGCUUUGGGAACCUUGUCCCUCUGACUAAGAGUGGUCAGCAGCAUCUCUUCAGCUUCUUUGCCUUCAAGGAGAACCGUCUGGCCCUGUUUGUUAAAGUUCGAGACAGCGCUCAGGAGCCCUGUGGUCGUUUGUCCUUCACAAAAGAGCCCAGAGCUUACCGAAGUGCCACCCACAAGGCUAUCUGCAACCUGAACAUCACACUCCCUGCAUACUCAAAGAAGGACUGUGAUUCAGAUCAGGAAGCAGAUCAGCAGAUUGACAGGAUACAUGAAAAAUAUGAGAGUAUGCAGCCCCUUCCCCAGCCAACUGCCUUACCUGGGCCAGACCUACUGUCUGAAGUGUCUGAGUUGAAACAGGACCUGAUCAAAAUGACAGUCAUCCUGGCCUCAGAGCAAAAAGAGGUGCCAUGCCCCACUGUUGGAGAGGCCCGGCAGCAGAGCCAGACAGGGGAUGAGCCGGGGGAGCCUCUGCAGAUUGUGGGAAAAGUCAAAGAAGAUCUGGAAAAGGUUGAUGAGAUUCUGAGGGGAGGUUCAUGUAUGAGUAUGGGGUCAGAAGAUGCAUCAGGACAUGAGGAGGAAGGAUGGGUCUUCCUCAGUGAUGCAGAAAUUGGAGAAGCCAAAAAAACAGCACUGUUUGAGAUUCAGGAACCCCUCAUGCAAGAAGUGAGAAUAAACAAGGGGUCUGCCAGACCACAAAUGGGCAAGGACAUGAAAGGCAUGGUCACACACCUGAGUGAAGACCUCCAACAGUACUUCACACAGCUGCCUGAGGCACACCGCCAGCUCCCAGAGGAUGUGGUUGAAGAGAGGUUUGAAGAGGUCAUUGUGAGCAGGGGGAAACAAGAAAUCAAGUAUACCAGUGGUGGAAUCAGGAAGCCAGCUCGGAGGAAACUGAAAGAGAGGAGAGGCACUGAUGAGCCUCACACACCUGGCUCUGAGUCAGAUUUUCACAGGUUCAGCUCAGAGGAGUCUCUUCAGGGAGAAACCACUCUGAAUUCUCCUCCAGUCAGGAGCCCUUUUGCACCUUCCCCAGGGGUUGAAGAGACCCCCAUCGGCUCCAUAAAGGACAAAGUGAAAGCACUUCAACAGAAAGUUGAAGAGGAGGAGAAAGGAUGGAAGCAGAAGCAUUCGCAGGUGAAUGUGGAAAGCAGCUCCUCUUAUAUCACUGAGCAGCAAGCUCUUCCUAAAUCCCCCAGGUCUCCCAGAUCUCAGACUGAGAGGCUGGAAGAGACAAUGUCUGUUCGAGAACUAAUGAAAACAUUCCAAACAGGGCAGGACCCUUCAAAGUGUAAGUCUGGGCUGUUUGAGCACAAAGCCAUUACCACCACCACCACGGAAACAGAGCUCUUGAGCAUAGCACAUACAACUGAGCCAAUAGAUACCAUGACAACUCUUCAUUCACAGAGAGAUGAUUCUUUACUGGAUGCUGGACAUUUAGAUGAAUCACAGAUCAGUCCAGAUUGUAUGUGUUCAGAGGACAUCAGUGCCCUCAUCAGAGCUGAACCAGAGGUCAACACUGAGUCCCAGCUAUUCAGAAAAACAGGAGAUGGUGAGGAUAAAGACUCAACAACUGCUAAUGAAGCCCCUGCCACUCAGUGUGACUUGGACUCUUCUGCAGCCAGAGGAGGAGCCAGCCGGGCUGACAAAGUUCAGGAUGGAUGUGUGGAUAUCAGGCAAGAGGGUGCCACAGACCCACUGAGCUUCAGCCUGGGUCAGCAAACCCCUAAGACCAGCAAUGUUUUGAAAAAUACAGGAGCUACUCAUGAUGGCAGCCUGUUUUUGGUAACAUGUUCCACUGCUACAGGGUCAGAACAAGGCACCUGUCAUGAUCCAGCUACCUUAGAUCUGCCUUUGGGACAGCAGGACCUACAGGCCCUCAGCCCCUCUGCUGAAAACCCUACGAUAAUUAGCCAGAUGGACUCUCUGGAGGGCAGUCCCAUUGUAGAAGACUCCUCUCACAGAUCUCCAGACUCUAUUGAGCCAAGCCCAACUAAGGAAUCCCCUUGCCAUGACUCAUUAGAAAACAGCCCUGUUGAUCAGGGUACAAAACCAAGCUUUACUGCGGUGGCAGAGCAUACCAUACCUGCUGGUCGGUUAUUAUCCAAUAAACCAGACAGCACGCUGGACCCAGUGGGCACUAGACUGCUUAGAGACCCAGAAGGCAGUGCUGUUGAUGAUGAUAGUUAUGAACAGACCUCCCAAAUUGAAAGUUCAGGCAAGACUCCUCUUUCACCUGAUACCCCAAGUUCUGAGGAAGUGAGUUAUGAAGUCACUCCAAAAACACCAGAUCCACAAGCCCAGCCAGGAUUCAGGAAACCAACUGUAAUUCCUGAGGAUGUUGAGGAGGAAGAAGAUGAUGCAGGAAGCAAUGACCCUCAAAGGCAGUUCACACCGGAGGAGGAGAUGUUCAAAAUGGCUGCAAAAAUUAAAACCUUUGAUGAAAUGGAACAAGAUGCUAAAAGCAAAUGGGAAAGUAGAAAUGAUGUAAAAACAGCAGACACCAAUUCUGCUCCUGAGUCUGGAGAGGAUAGGAGAGCAGUCUCAAAAGGCAGGAGCUCCUCGGAAAGUGACCCAGAUAUUAAAGACGAGGUUGACAUUACUGAUAAAGAGUACAGAGGAGAGAAAGAAGAAUACCUGAAAGAAAUCACAAAAGGUAAAUUAGCUGAUAGGGAAGAAAAGGCCUGGGAUUCAUGUACUGCUAUGGAGAGCCAAGCAGAGAGCAGUGUGGUGCGUAAAAUCACAGAUAAUCACAGAAUACAUUCCAAGACAAUGGGCCAACAUGAAGAUUCCUUUGAAGACCUAAAUGUUUCUUUCACUAGUUUGGAACAAACACAGCACAGAUCAGAAAUGCCCCUUUCUGUCUGUCUGGAAAACAAGGGUGAGGGACCUCUUAAAAUGCAAUCUAUGGCAAUUGUUGAAAAUUCAGAUUCAUUGCAAGGCCUGGUUCCCUGGAGCACUGUGCAAGAGGAUGAUGAUGCCUUUGAACUUGACCGACAGUCACAGGGAAUGAGUCCUAAUAGAACCCCAAUGGAAGAGGCAACAAUGGGAGGUCAGAACCCCUUCUUAUUCCAGGAGGGGAAACUUUUUGAGAUGACCAGAAGUGGUGCCAUCGACAUGACAAAGAGAAGCUUUGAGGAUGAAGGCCAAGGCUUUGCCUUCUUUCAGAUUGGAAAAUGCCUCACAGAGGAGGCUCGAGAAGAUCCUGUGGGAUAUGAGGCUUCUGAAGCAGAUGCUACUCUAUCACCUCAACAGACAUUGAUUUCAUCAGAUCCACUGAUUAAUGCAGCAGAAGUUUUGGCUGCAACAGAGGUACAACUUGAGCAUGUUGAUACUUCCGACUGGAGCCUCACAGAGACUAAAGUGGGUUCUCCAGAUUCCACUGUAACACUUGUGAACACGGCUUUUUCAAUGGUCACUAGAUCCAUCUAUCCAGAACAGUCCUCAGACUCCUCACCAGAGGAGCAACUCUCUGUUGUCGAACUACCUUCACCUGCAGGGAAAUCUCCACCCACACCUGCCGAGAAACCUGCAGAAGAAUUACCUCUCUCACCUGGAAGGGAAUCUGCCCCCACAUGUGUAGAAGAGUUACCUCCCACACAUUCUGAGGAUUCUGUCCGCACAUGUGUAGAAGAGUUACCUCCCAUAGCUGCUGAAGAAUCUGCUCCCAUACCCCCCACACGUUCUGAGGAAACUGCCCCAGACUUUUGUGGUGGGGAAUCAGAAAUCCCAUUAGAGCUGGCUUCCCCUAUUGUGACUCACACUGACUUGCCUUCAUCAUCUGCAUCUGUCACCCCUCAUCUGCAGAUCCAAACUGGAAAGGACAUCAAAACCACCUCUAAAAUAUCUUUCAAAGCUUCUUCAGUCAAAUCUCAGGCUGGUUACAGCUCAGUGAGGCGUGCUGUGUCUCUCAAGGUCCAGACAGGCACAUCAUCCACUAAACAGGGAAAGAGGAGCAAAUCUGAGGCUGACACUUCUUUUCUCAAACCUGAUGCAUCUUCAUUUAAACAUCAAACAUUUACUGGCUCACCAGCAAAAUAUGGAGAAUUCCCAAAAGCCCAAAGGGGGAAGUUACCCACAAAGCAAGAAAAGAGGACUAAAACUGAGACUGAUGCUGCUUUACUCAAAUCACAACCUGGUCCUGACCAAGUGGUGAAGCGGGCAGAAUCUCUCAAAGUCCAAAAAGAAAAGUUACCCACUAAACAGGAAAAGAGAACCAAGUCAGAGACUGACACUGCUUUGCUCAAAUCCCAGCCUGGUUCUGAGCAAGUGGUGAAGCGGGCAGAAUCUCUCAAAGUCCAAAAAGGAAAGUUACCCACUAAACAGGAAAAGAGAACCAAAUCCGAGAGUGAUACUUCUUUGUUGAUGACCCAGCCUAGUUCUGAUCCAAAGCUAAAACAAAUAGAUUCCUUUAAAGUCCAAAAAGGAAAAUUUCCUAUAAAGCAAGAAAAGAGGACAAAAUCUGAUUCUGACCCGAUAAUAAAACGGGCAGAAUUACCCAAGGUCCAAGGAGGUCUGUCACCUAUCAAACAGGGAAAGAGGAGCAAAUCUGAGACUGACACAUGUUCCCAAGGAGCUACCACAUCCAAAAGGGCCCUUAAAACCAGCUUUUGUGAGGGAGAUGGUCGGAAGCACUUUAAGAAAGAAGACCCAGCUACAAAAACCACAGUCCACUCUAAAUUGUCCAUUAAGGACAAACCUGGACAGACUCUUCACUGUUCUGGGACAAUAAAAGAAAACAAAGAACAACAGAUCUUUGAAACAUAUGUCGAAAAUUCAUUUGAAUCAGUCCAAGAAAUAAGUCAUGAAGUUGUGAAGACUGUUGAAGAAACAAUUCAGGAAGACAGUGUGCAGGUGACCCCAGUUGUUGGUGACAGCAAUACCUUUAAUGUCGUUGACGGGAUAGAGAAUGUAACUCUUGUCAAGGUGCCACUGUCCUGUGUUCCUGAAACCCUUGUUGGAACGAGACCCCAAUGGGAUGACCCAUGUGUGGAGACUCCCACGCAGCAGGUCCCAGAUGAAGCCACCAAAACCCAACGUGAAGUAGACCCAGAGGAGGUCAUAGAAAGGAAGGAGCAGAGGCUGUCCAUCAUUGGUGAUCACCUUGGUUUCAGUUGGACUGAGUUGGCCCAGGAGCUUGAGUUUAGCAGAGACUGCAUCCAACAGAUUCGAGCUGAUAAUCCCACCUCCCUGCAGGACCAGAGUCAUGCCCUGUUGAAACUGUGGGUGGAGAGAGAAAAGGAAAACUCCACAGAAAAAAGUCUUGUUAAGGCACUCACAGCAAUAAACCGUGUGGACAUUGUGCAUCUGAUGGAAAUGAGAAUGGUGGAGCCCUGGGCCUGUGGAGUCGUGGAAAAGGUCACAUCCCCAGAUCAGAGUGAGGGGUUCUCAGUGCUUCAGGAAGAUAUGGACAGCAGUCCCAGACUGGUGCAGCAUGUGACCUCACACAGACCACCCCCAGCGGCAUCUGAGGAGGACCUAUCUAUGUCCUCACUUCCUGAAACCACCUCCAAAAUGGACCUCACAGGAGAACAUGGCCACAUGGUGAAAGUACAGACUGACCUGCAGAGAGAGAUGGAAAUGCCAGAUGGAUUGGGUGUGGCUGAAGCCGCGAGUGAGGAAGUCAGCAUGGAACCUAGAGAAAUGAGCACCUGCCAACAGUCUGAGGACAUGCCGGAUAUUUCUCCACAGUCAGUAAAAGACAAGCACUACAUGGACAAGGAUAGAAACGUGGUGACAAAGGUCACCAGGAAGAUCACCCAGAGACUGAUGUCAGUGGAUGGAGCUGAACUGGAGGCGGAGUUUGUGGAAGGGGCGGUCCUGGAGGCGGGGUUUGUGGAAGGGGCAGUCCUGGAGGCAGGGCCUGUGGAAGGGGUGGAUUUGGAGGCGGAGUCUGUAGAAGAGGUCAGGCUGGAGGCAGAGCUUGGUUUCUCCAAAGGCCUGAAAAGGACUGUGCUGAAGAGCAAGGGAGACCAUGCUGAGGAUGCGGAUGCGUGAGGUUGCGCACAGUCGGCGGAGGGGUGUUGCAAGGGAUGCUCACCCCUGAGACCCUGCAGCAGCACCUGCUACCCCCACACACUACUGCAGCAAGGAGGAGACCGGCAAGAAGUGACCUCACAUAUGCAAUCCCACAAUGCACUUGACCCCCCUGCCACUGUCUUCCCUUCCCAACACAUUGGGUUUGUUCCUUUGUUCCAUGGCAGCUUUGGAGCAAGUUGUUUUUGUUUAAAGCUUCAAUUUUGUUUAGUGAGUAAUUCAGUUUUAUUUAUGUUCUUGUUUUACUCCCUUCGUGACCAAAGAUAUUUCUUUGAUUUGUUCAGCAAUUUACUUUACUUUCCUCAGCUUUUUCUUUUUUGGUAAAGCAAACAGAACUAGAAAACAUUUUUAAAAAACUAUUUAGUGCCACCAUCCCCACCCAUGGACCUCUUCACAAACAGAUCUGCCUGUAUAACCACACACACUCAGCACAUCCCCUGUCUUAAUGUUUAUGGGCACUUCAGUAACCUUCUGCAUGUUGAGUGACUAAAUCCCCUGCCCAAGUGGCUUGUGAGCUGAUAUUUGGGCAUGUAUUUAAAGAGCCAAGGAAAGCCUGAUGUAAACCCUGGAGAACAGUGUUAAUGCCCAGAGAGAAGUCUGCUUCUAAAACCUGCCAUAGAAUUCAUUGUGCAACGUGUAUUAAACACGUAUUAAACAUGCAUUUAACAUGUUUGCAUGUCUGCUGUUCCAACUGUAUGAACAUAUAUGGUCAAAAAUCUGAUGCGUCUCUCAAAAACUCAUUUAUGCUUUUCUCACAUAAAGACAUGGAAGAUGUUAGAUAUUCUUCACCCUAUGUAUCACUUUACUGGAGUGCAUUACUGGCCCUUGUCAGUGAAACAUAAAUGGGUUUUUCUUGAGACUCCCAGACGUAACCACAGAUUUUGUGCAAACACUGAGCUGUAGCUAUGCCUCACUAUCACUGAGUGUUAAUAACCCCUCAUAUCAGACCUGUGGAUGAGUGUUAAUCACCCCUCAUAUCUGACCUGUGGAUGAGUGUUAAUCACCCCUCAUAUCUGACCUGUGGAUGAGUGUUAAUAACCCCUCAUAUCUGACCUGUGGAUGAGUGUUGUUAACCCCUCACAUCUGACCUGUGGAUGAGUGUUAAUAACCCCUCAUAUCUGACCUGUGGAUGAGUGUUAAUCACCCCUCAUAUCUGACCUGUGGAUGAGUGUUAAUCACCCCUCAUAUCUGACCUGUGGAUGAGUGUUAAUCACCCCUCAUAUCUGACCUGUGGAUUAGUGUUAAUAACCCCUCAUAUCUGACCUGUGGAUGAGUGUUAAUAACCCCUCAUAUCUGACCUGUGGAUGAGUGUUAAUCACCCCUCAUAUCUGACCUGUGGAUGAGUGUUAAUCACCCCUCAUAUCUGACCUGUGGAUGAGUGUUAAUAACCCCUCAUAUCUGACCUGUGGAUGAGUGUUAAUAACCCCUCAUAUCUGACCUGUGGAUGAGUGUUAAUCACCCCUCAUAUCUGACCUGUGGAUGAGUGUUGUUAACCCCUCAUAUCUGACCUGUGGAUGAGUGUUAAUAACCCCUCAUAUCUGACCUGUGGAUGAGUUUUUUCCAGCAAAAGCCCUUUUCAGUCCCUCUGUCUGCCACUUCCUUAGCUAUGUCCUUAUUUCAUUUAGGAGUGCAUCUAUUGUGUGAGUGUACCAGAUUCAGCUUUUACCCAUGGGCCUUAUUCUCUAUUGUCUUUUAGCCUUUCCCCAAGUUAAAAGCUUGUGAUUUUUCUCCUUAUAAAAUGUGGAAGGAAGUAUUUUUUUGUGGGGGUUUGCUAAUGUUUAAAUGUUAUUAAGAUGUGAGGAAGAGGUUUGUAGUCAUAGAGGCUAAUCUCUGACAUGAUCGGCCUCCUGCUUGUGUGUGGAGAGGUUGCUUUGAGUUCUUUAUCACAUACCUGAACCUAUCUGAACACAUAUGAACAUAUAAACUUAUAUGAACACUAUACAUAACAUAGAAUGUCCACAAACGGUGAAAGUCUGGAGAUCAUGAGCUCUGUUUCAGUAGAAAACAUCUGGCCAGAAUAACACCUUGGGUAACAGUCAUAGGGAGUGCUGGGUAACACCUGUAGUGAGCAUUGGUUAACACCUGUAGUGAGCAUUGGGCAAUGCCUGUAGUGGACACUGGGUAAGGCUCAUGUUGAUUGUUGGGUAAUGCCUGUAGUGAGCAUUGGGUAAUGCCUGUAGUGGACACUGGGUAAGGCUCAUGGUGAUUGUUGGGUAAUGCCUGUAGUGAGUGCUGGGUAAUGCUCGUAGUGGACGCUGGGUAAUGCCUGUAGUGAGCAUUGGUUAACACCUGUAGUGAGCAUUGGGUAAUGCCUGUAGUGGACACUGGGUAAUGCUCAUGGUGAUUGUUGGGUAAUGCCCAUAGUGGACACUCAGUAAUGCCUGUAGUGAGCAUUGGUUAACACCUGCAGUGAGCAUUGGGUAAUGCCUGUAGUGGACACUGGGUAAUGCUCAUGGUGAUUAUUGGGUAAUGCCUGUAGUGGACACUGGGAAAUGCCUGUAGUGAGCAUUGGUUAACACCUAUAGUGAACAUUGGGUAAUGCCUGUAGUGGACACUGGGUACUGCUCAUGGUGAUUAUUGGGUAAUGCCCGUAGUGGACGCUGGGUAAUACCUGUAGUGGACACUGGGUAAUGCUUAUGGUGAUUAUUGGGUAAUGCCUGUAGUGGACACUGGGAAAUGCCUGUAGUGAGCAUUGGUUAACACCUAUAGUGAACAUUGGGUAAUGCCUGUAGUGGACACUGGGUACUGCUCAUGGUGAUUAUUGGGUAAUGCCCGUAGUGGACGCUGGGUAAUACCUGUAGUGGACACUGGGUAAUGCUUAUGGUGAUUAUUGGGUAAUGCCUGUAGUGAGUGUUGGGUAAUGCCCGUAGUGGACGCUGGGUAAUGCCUGUAGUGAGCCUUGGGAUGAGAUGAGAAUGUUUUACAGAUAAGGGGACAAGUGGCCUUAAAGGGGUGUGGCCCAUGAAUAUUAUUGGUUGUGAUGGGACCUUGUGAUGCAGCAGUCAUGCUUGAGCUUGUUUCGCCACACAUGGGAUGUAGAGAUGGUAGUUUUCAUAAAUGUUACUCGGCAGUUCAGCGCAAAGCUGAGUGAGGAACUCGAGCACACACACUCACACUUGCACUCACUGAAGCUUUGCAUUAUUGUUGUCCAUGAUUGCAAGUUAUUUUUAAAUUGUAAAAUGAUGUGUGUGCUUGUGCAGGUAUGUGUGUGUGUGUUUUGGGAUCUCAGAGGCUGGGAAUUGUAGCAAUGAAACACAAGUACCACAACAUCUCUAAAUAGAGAAAGCUGCCCAAGCAACAGAACAAAUUCACUCUGCCUGGGCAUAAACAAAGUCAACUGGGUCAAAGUUUAUGUGGUGUUAUUUGCAAUGCAGACAAUAUUUAUUAUGUGUUAGUACUUUCUGUUUUUUGACUUUAUUGUUAAGAUUGGUGUAACCAUAAACAGAUGGAAAUUCAAGAUACUAUGAGCAGGAGCCUCAAUGAUGAAUCAAGGUGUUUCCAUGGUAAUUACAAUUAUAUGCAUUAUAUACAAAUAUCUACAAGGGCAUGUAAUAGUUGAAUUAAGUGAAAAUACAUUAACACUAAGGAUUAUAAAGAGUGUAUAUGACUGACUCAUAAUAAAAUGAUUAAGUGUU